AUGUUUGAGGAUGAGAAAACUUUAAUUAAUAUAAUUAAUAAUCCAGAUUAGUUGGAUGAGGAGAAAAUUGUUGAUCUAGUAUUUAAACUUUGCAAUAAAAAAAAUACACAACUCGAAUAUGAUGGAUUGACCUAUUGUCAACUUACAGGAAAAAAUAUAGGAAAUUAAAGCACUAUUAAAAUAGAUAUAAAAUCAGGAGGUUCUAUAACUGUGUUAAAAGAUAAAUUAAAAGAAUUGAUCCAAUAGCAUUGUUUUAUUAAUGGGAUAUUUGAGCAGUCUUUUUCAAAGAUAUAUAAAAUUAAUAUAUUGAAUCCCUCGUAUGAUUUAGUUAAUGAAAAAAAUGAAAAAUUCUCAUCGAUAGAAAUAACAGAUUCUAUCUUAUAACAAGUGUAUGGUAAAGAAGAAUAUUAGUAAAUUAUGGCAAAGUAUAAGAAUUAAUAAAAUUUAGAAUUGAUGAACGAAGCAAAUUAAUAAAUCAAAAUAUGGAUAUUGAUGUGACUUUUAUCUGUCCAAUAAUGAAAAAAUCAUACUUAAAAUUCUCAGAAGGAAUAAAUCUUUAAGGUCAAUUAUAUAGUUUAGAAGGAGCUAUUUUAAUUUUAAAAAAUCAUCCAGAGAAGCUUUUCUCCCAUUAAAAAGAAUAUCUAGAAAAAAUAUAGUGCCUAUAGGAAUAAUAACAGUUGAAUAAAAAUUAAAUUAAAAUUGACUCUAUAAUUUUCUAAUGUCCAAUAACUAAAAACCAGUAUUACACUUGUUUAGAAGGGAUAAAAUUUGAGGAAAAUCUCUAUAGCAUUGAAGGGUUAUAAUAAAAAUUAGAUUAGGAUAUUAAAUAACAAACAAUAGAUAAAAAUUAGAAUGAAAUCAAUUAUUUAGAUAAAUUUAAGUAAGGCCAAAAUAAAUGA